AUGAAGUCGAUUAUAAGUUUUGUUUUGUUUUUUACGACUUUCUCAUUAGUGCACGGUCAGCUGUACGAUGACAGAGCAAAUAAGUUUGGCCUGGAACUUUUAUACUUCACGCAAGCUGAAACUAGUGGACACGCUGUGUUAACACCAUGGAGUGUCUGGGAUUUGCUUACGCGCAUUACAAUAAUCACGUGUGGUGAUACUAAUGCACAGUUAAAAAGAGCGUUGUUCCUACCCAACAACUCUGUAGAGAUUAUAAUGGGAAUUAGUAAUCUGGAAAAAUCUAUAGAAAGAAAAUCUGCAUCGUUUCCAUUAUCCAUACGCAAUUAUGCCAUAUUAGAUACAGACGUCGAUAAAAGCAUUCCCGUGUUCGUGAGAAUAUUAAGAAAGCUGGAAGUAGAAUUGAUAGUACUGAAUUUAAAGGAUCCAAAUUCCGCCGUUUUGGUGGCGAAUCGUUUUAUGUUUGACGCAGGGAAGGAUGUACAUAAAAACCUACUGCAAAGUACAGACGUGGACCCUUCGGGAAUUAUAUUAACAAAUACAAAUACCUUCAAUGGGAUCUGGAAGCAUGCUUUCGUUCGAUCAAAAGAUGAUGAGCCCUUCUUCGACAUUGAUGGUAAAAAAGAAAUCGGUAGAGUUAACAUGAUGUCACAAACGGCAACUGUAUCGUAUUCUUACAAUGGCCAACUGAACAGUGAAAUAAUAGAGCUUCCUUAUGCUGAUGAAAGAUAUGCGCUAAUAGUUAUAUUACCGGAUAAAGAUAUAGGAAUAAGCGAUAUGUAUCAAAAGUUCGAAGUGGAAAAUAUUGACUCCGUUAUACAGAUUCUAAAAAUUUUCCGUAAAGUCAAGCUUCGAAUUACGUUGCCGAGGUUCAAGAUAAGUACGAACUAUGUUCUGAAUCAAGCCCUAAAUAACAUGGGUGUGUUUGAUUUAUUUGAAAAGCAAUUUGCCCAAUUCUAUGAUGCUCCGAAUAAAAGCAUAUUUGUACCUGUAAUCGUUCAAAACACAAACUUUGAGAUAUGUUUAUUGGCUUUGGCAGCCACUUGCCAAGCUGGCUUCGAAAGCCUCGACGGAGGCCACGGCCAAGACAGCAGCGGGUUUCAGUAUUCGGCGCCAUUAACCAGCGGAGGGGGUCACGACUUUUCCAGCCAGGGUAAUGACUAUUCUGGGCAAUCCCAGGACUUCGGUGGACAAAGCCAUGGCGUUUCCGGUGAAGGCCACGAUUUUUCUGCCGGCCAAGGGAACGACUAUACCCUAGCUUUAACCCAGGGGCACGGGCAAAACUUCGAUCAAGGCUAUGGACAAAACUUUGAUCAGGGCCACGGACAAAACUUUGACCAGGGACACGGGCAAUUUAACGUGGGACACGGUCCGCUCCUUGGUAACUUUGGCGGUGAUUCGUAUCUGCAAGCAGCCCACGAUUUGGGGCAGCACCAGGGAGAUUUUAGCGGUUCUGACGGAGGCCAGCAGGGGUAUGGACACCAGGGCUUUCUCCUAGAAGACGGUGGUCACGACUUCGGGCACGGCGGUCACGAUUUGGGUAACGUAGAAGCGGUCCCUGUAGGAGAACACAUCGACGAAGAACAUCCAGUUGAAGUACCGCUUUACAAACACGUGACUGUGCCUAUUCAUAAACCUCUUCACGUCAACGUGCCUAAGCCAAUUUUAGUGGGGGUACCACAACCUUAUCCAGUAAAGGUUCCAGUCCACAAGCCAGUUGCCGUUCCAGUUGAGACGGAAAUCUCCAUCCCCAUUGAGAAGCCAGUGCCGUAUCCAGUCGUUAAACACAUCCCGUACCCAGUAGAGAAGCAUGUUCCGAUCAAAAUAGAGAAGACAGUCACUGUCCACGUGCCACAACCUUACCCAGUCAAAAUCCCCGUUUACAAAACGAUCCACCAUCACAAAGACCACCAUUGA